GCCUCUAGGGGAUCCUGAUGCCUGCCUCGUCAGUGGCUACCCUCCCUGCCCACCUCGCCACACUGCCAUGCCUUCAUCGUCUCCUAACUCCAGCCCCACUCUGCACGACUUGUCCCCCGUGACAUAUAACAAGUGCCUUCCUAACAGCCCCACGCACGCAGCACCACCGGGCCCCAUGGUGCCUGCAAUCCACGAGACACCGGGUCGUCCAACCUUGCCCACCCAGCGUCACCAGACCACAGCAGUUCUCUAAGGAUGCUCCAUUCCCCUGGCAGCCCAGACCACCUCAACAGCCAAGGGAUCCACAGUUACCACCCAGUCUACCCCAACAGUAGCCCUUCGUCCUCGCCGGUGUCUCACCCUUCCACUCCAAGCGGUGCUGCAGAGAGUCCAUUUGUUCAGGCCUACAGCCCCAGUCAGGCUCAAGCAGCAGCCAGCUCGGCACAGACCAGGGGGAGCUCGCCCAGUUUGCUCCAUGAAGAUGCCAGUUGCGCUUCCUUGGCCAUCACCGUUAAACAGGAGCCACAGGAGCUGGACCAGAUGUACCUGGAUGAUGUUAAUGAGAUCAUCAGAAACGACCUCUCCAGCAUCUCUGUGCACACUCACGCAUAGACGUCUUCACAAGCACACACACGCUUCGCCAUCGAAACGACCACAACAGGAGACCGAAGAGAUCUAGAAGAUGAAGAAAAGAAAAACUUUUUUUUUGACCAGGAUCUCCGAUCUGAUGCCCCCCCACCCUGUUCUCUCAUCUCGCUGCAGACUCACACUGAUGAUCAAGCGCCAUUUGAAUUAAUCGAAUGUUACAUUUACGAAGGAGAAACAACAUCAGGGGCAACGUAUGUGAUAACACUUGCCUUAAUUAGCUUUAGGGACCAAACAGCUCAGUGAGACUGAUUGCCGAGCAGUGACAAUCUCCGUUUUGAGUGUGACCUGUACGUUAAUGCAUGGACAAGCUAAUGGGACAGUAAGAGUCACCCGUCACCGUUCUGCUCCAUUUGUUCGUGCAGUUGACCCACACUGACCAAAUUGGUGCCUUACAGUGACAACAAACAGCAGCCACAGUCACACACCUGUUCACGGCUCAGUGGAACCUAAAGUGGAAGUUUAUAUGCGACUUUUUUUGUAUCAUUUGAACGAUUUGUUUACAGGGAAACUGAAUAAAAGGCUGGAAAACAGAGGACGUAGGGAGUAUGUGAAUAGACGUGUAUUUUCUUUCUUAUCUCAUUGUUCAUUUAUACUGAAUGUUAUGUAUGAUAUUCGUUUUUGUACAAACACGUAUUUGAAAAUGUACGCCUCAUACUUAUACCGUGCAGUUUUGUAUUUAGCCAUUUCCAGCCAUCCUCUGAUGUGUUUUAUACCAUUUCAUGAUGCAGUUUUUAACCUUCGUGCCUGUUUUUAAUCAUCCUGCCCCAGUUUUACCGUCCACCCACGUCACUGUUUAAUGAUGCACAGACAAUCAGAGGAAAUAUACAAAACAUAUCCUGUGACACCAAUUCUAUCUUGGCUUUUUUUUUUUUUUUAAGGAGAGUCUUAAAGGACAAUUUGCAUGACACUUCUACAUUCACCAUUCCCAGAAACUCAACUCCUCGGCCCACUUUGAAAUCCGAAAUUCCCACCCAAAACAUUCAUCGCUCAUAUCAAUCAAAAUUGCAAUUAAGUAUUUUUGUAUGUAUUAUCUUAAACAAGGUUAGAAAACAUGAGGAACAACACAUAAUAUAAAUCCCAUGGUAUUGUCUUAUUAAUUCUGAUUAUAUUUUCAAAAUAAUCAUAGAUUUUUGUUUGAUAAUUUUAUAUUUUCAUCAAAUAAAUUUCUGUUGUGUUUAUAUUAAUAAGCUGAAGGUUUUUAGCCAUGCUAAUGCUCCCCAGAAGCAUUUACUGAAAAAAAGUCUGAAGGACCUAAAUGACAUGGUGAGAUGUUGAAGAGCUUCACUCGUUCAUGUCUGCAACAUGUACAUAUUUAUUAAUAAUUACGAUAUCUGCAGUUUCACUGUUCUACCUUAAUUUUGUGCAUCAGUAAUUAAGACCCAGGGCAAAUUAGGUACAGCAACAACAUUUUAAUCGGAGUUGAAACGGGUUCUUUUUCUUCAUCAUGUAGCUAUUAGAGCCGUGUUUUUUUGCUGACUCACAGUGCCUCAUACAUAACGUUCAUGAAUUAACGUUAGUUGUGACUUUCACUAAAGGUAACCCCAGUUAAAACUGAUGUAAUAUGCUCGCCUGUGAAUUAACACCGUUUAUGUAUAUAUCACUUAAGCUAACCCUGAUUAGAAAUGAAUUAACACGUUAGUGAGUUAACAUUGUGUAAUUUAUUUGUAACACUCAAACUAAAGCUAGGUAGCCUUUAGCUAAGAAGGGAAGUAGCAACAGUUGUGAUUUUAAUGUCACUCAAGCUAACCCUGAUUAGAAAUUAAUUAAUUUGUUAGUGAGUUAACACCAGUUGUGAAUCUUAUUUGUAGCAAACUAAAGCUAGAUAGCGUUUUCAGCCAAGCUAACCCUAGCGAGUAGUGACCAAAUUUUUUAGUGCAUUAAUGUUAGCUUUAAAUUUGAUUAGUAACUCUGGUGAAAGCUAGUUAGUACUUGGCUAACAUAUUGUAGAAUUGGUGUCACUUGAUACACUUUGACAUGAUUUGGCUCCGAUGUAAGUAAAAUAAAACUGACAUACCAGCACAGACCUAAUAUGUUUGUGAAUUAACAUUAAUUGUUGAAGCUAAAAGGCAUCGCUAGCUUUACUAAAGCGCUAGCUUUAUCCACCAAAGGCUAGCUAGCUUUACAUUAAUUCAUAUUAGUUGCGAAUUUGAUUUGUCAUUCAGAUUAAUAAUAUUGCUUAGCCUGAAUAUUGAGGUCUCAAAAUUGAUUUGGAAUGAUGAAUCCAAACUGUUGUUAAAUAUUAUUACUGUUCAUAAAGCUGUGUUUGUUUAGUUGAAGUUUAAAAGUGAACCAUGUUUGAAUUGUCCUUUGAGACACUCCUGGACUUCUAAAGGCAGGUAGAGUCCCUCAUCUAGAGCUAUUCAUUGAUUAAACAACGGUAUCUUACCUGCUGAAUUUUAAUGAAAACAUUCCGAGAUCAUGUAGAAACGCUGACCGUUGCACUGCAGGUUUGAAUGUUAACAGGCACAGGGUGGGUUCAUCUAAACCUGCUACAAGCUCGGUUUCAGGACUGUUACAUCUAGCUGGCAAUAACUGAUGUAUGCAAACCAAAGGAUUUUUUUCUUUGGUGAAAUUAUUGUCCAAUUUUCUUUAUUUCUGUUGGAGUGCAGAAAGGUUCCCUGUACAAAAACAUGCACUUUAUUGCAGUCAGUUUUCUUGCUUCCAGACCAAAUAUUUUACAUUCAUUUUCAACUGAGGUGCAUUCGUUUCCAUGUUAUCUCUCCUUUCGCGCAUGUACUCCAUACUAAUACUGGGGAUUAUUUAGCUGACAGUACUUUACCGUAUAGCUUCCUAAUACAUUUUGGUCAUAUAUCGUAGCAUGACAUAAACCGUAUGAAUAAGGUUUCCAUUUUGUGCCUUACUCUUUCUUGGCUACAAGAUCGUGCGACUCUGUAACGCUUUUCUGUGUCGGCACAAGGUGAAACAUUUAAUAUGAAAUAUUUAUGAAAAGUGAAAUGGUGUUUUAAAUGCAUUUAAUAUGUUCUCAACAAUGAAUUAAUAAAUGAGAUAAUG